AUGGUGGCUGUCCUUGCUGUUUUGGCAUCCUACAUCCAACACAUGUUGGUGAACAUGGCUAAAGAAGAGGUGCAUAUACUACUAGGGGUCACCUGGGAGAUUGACAAGAUGGGAGUCAGGCUUGGAGAUCUCAAGAACUUCCUCACAGAUGCUGAUAGGAGGAACAUCACUGAUCUAAGUGUGAAGGCAUGGGUGGGAGAGCUUCGGGAUGCCAUGUAUGAUGCCACAAACAUCCUGGAUCUGUGCCAGCUCAAGGCCAUGGAGCAAGGCCGAAGCCGGGACAUGGGAUGCUUCAACCCAUUGCUAUUCUGCAUGAGGACUCCCCUCCAUGCCCAUGAUAUUGGAAACCGCAUCAAGAACCUUAGCAAGAGGCUAGAUGACAUCAAAGCACGCGACGCGUCAUUCAACUUCAUCAACCUUGGUUCCUAUGAGGACGAUGAAAGUAUGAAGGCAUCAUUUGGUUCAAGUACACGUGAGUCAUCAGGGUCCCUCGAUGGAUCACGUUUGGUUGGGACCCCACCAGUUAUUCACAGUUUCAUCAAGACAUUCAAACAAGAACCUGUACAACAAGUCUACAUCAUUUUUUUUGUGGGAAAAGUGCACGGAAUUUUCAUGGUUUUGUAA